UUGCGAGUGCGCAGUCUGCGGGCAGGCGGAGAAGACAUUGUAUUAUAAAAACGGGCGUAAAUAAUGCAGUGGAGAGAAGAGAAAGCCGAGUAGGCGCACUCGGGAACUAGAUAAAAAUUUUAUGUGAUCAACAAAAGAAGAGGAAAAUAAAAAAACGCGUCUGCUACGCGUCUACUCAUUCAGCUCACCACGUGGAUUUGCACAAGUAAUGAGCCAGCUCGGCACCUGCCCAGGCAAUAGCCAGCUCGGACACCAAGGGCACCGGCAAACCCCGAGAACAGCGACGCUACGCCUGCCCGCCUGCACUCGCCCACUAGGCAGCUGAAGAAGCCCGAGUAUCCGAAGCGCGUCAGGCCGGCCUCGUCGCCCAUCAGGCGGAUGAUGACGGUGUCCACGGGGAACAGCACAGCACAGGACAGGAUCUCGGCUAGCAUCAGGCUGAUAGGUGCGCGGAUACAGACACAGCUUGGUCUGAGCUAUCUCGGGCGACUGCUCCUGCAAGGGGACGGGCGACCGCGCGGGCUCCUCAAACACAACCUCGACCGCGUCAUCGAAUACCGCCGAUGCACCGAUAACGCCGUGUCUGCGCGGACGCGUUUUCCACACGGGCAGACCGAUGCGACGCAAUGCAUGGGCAAUGCUGGCUUUGGCCGAGCGCGUCAGGCCGGCGACCGAAAAGUACGCCGACACCACUGCAGGCGACGUGACCAGGCGCGUCAGAUAAUACGCAGCCUACGCCCUGCGCCAGAUUCCCCAGCACAUCGCGCAGGUACGCGCACAGGACCGCCCCGCGCGGACCGCGCAGCAUUACGCGGUCGCGGAUCCACCCGAGUCCCGGCCUCCAGAGCCCCGGCGGGCUCGGCGAGUCUGCGUAGAUGCGCACCACCAGAGACUGUCGGAACAGCCCGUAAAACGCCCCAUAUGUCAGGUAGUGCAGUGCGAAUGUUCGCCAGCAUCGCCAGCACUGUGCGGGACUCGCCCGGGUAGAUGAUACUGAGGAUCGCGCCGAUGCCGCUCAGAUGGUAGCCGACUCGACCACCGGUAGAUGCUGCCCAGCCACGCGCCUUUUGCCAGCCGCUGCCACAUGCUUUGG